UGCCUCCCCCGUCGCAAACCCCGUUCUCGCGAGACUUGGCCGGGCCGGCGCGGCGAGGCCGAGGCGCUCCGGGCCGUUUUCAAACCAACCGUAGCGGGGCCGCGGCCCGGCCACGAAAUGGCGGAGAACGACAAGCCGGAGGCUGCGGCUGCCGUGCUGCAGCGGGGGGCCGAGGAGGCCGCCAUCGCCGGCCAGCCGCCGUCGCUACAACAGCAGCAACCGCUACCACAACAGCCUCCGCAACAACAGCCGCCGCAACGUGAGGAGGCCGCGGCAGCGACCGAGAGCGGCGGGGGCAGCGCAAAUGGCGUCAAAAUGGAUAAUGAUGAGACGGCAAAAGAAGAGAAGGCUCCAGUGAAAGAGAAGCAUGCUGCUAAACCGAAGGCGAUCCCUUCUCUUGGAAACAAGAAUAGAUUCCACCCCUAUUCAAAGGAGAAGAAUGCAGGCAGUGCAGAGAAGAAGGCUAUUAAUCGUAAUAGAGUUUUCAUUAGCAACAUCCCAUAUGACAUGAAAUGGCAAGCUAUUAAAGAUCUUAUGAGAGAGAAAGUUGGUGAGGUUACAUACGUGGAGCUGUUUAAGGAUGCUGAAGGAAAAUCAAGGGGUUGCGGCGUGGUUGAAUUCAAAGAUGAAGAAUUUGUUAAGAAAGCGUUAGAAACUAUGAACAAAUAUGAUCUUAGUGGAAGACCACUGAAUAUUAAAGAGGAUCCUGAAGGUGAACAUGCUCGCAGGGCGUUACAGCGCGGAGGAGGACAAUUUACGGGAGGACAUGGACCUGAUAUUGCACCUGGAUUGAUGAAUUUACCACCUUCUAUUGUCAAUAAUCCAAACAUUCCUCCUGAGGUUAUCAGUAACUUGCAGGCAGGCAGGCUUGGGUCCACUAUUUUUGUUGCUAAUCUUGACUUUAAAGUUGGUUGGAAGAAACUAAAAGAGGUAUUCAGCAUUGCUGGAACUGUAAAGCGUGCAGACAUCAAAGAAGAUAAAGAUGGCAAGAGUCGAGGAAUGGGAACAGUUACCUUUGAACAAGCAAUUGAAGCUGUUCAAGCAAUAUCUAUGUUCAACGGGCAGUUCCUGUUUGACAGACCCAUGCAUGUAAAAAUGGAUGACAAAUCAGUCCCGCACGAAGAUUUCCGUGUUGUGGACAGCAAAGCUCCUCAAUUACCUCGUGGUCUUGGUGGCAUUGGUAUGGGACUUGGACCAGGUGGGCAGCCCAUUAGUGCAACACAAUUGAGCAUGGGUGGUGGAAUGGGGAACAUGGGUCCAGGAGGUAUGGGAAUCGAUGGUCCUGGUUUUGGUGGAAUGAAUAGAAUGGGAGGCGGGCUUCCUGGAUUUCGCGGAAUGGAAGGAAUGCCUAAUAUGGGAGGAUUUGGAGUCAGCCGGAUGGGAGAAAUGUUCCGUGGUGGAAUGGGAGGAAACAUGGACAGAGAUUUUGCUCGUAGUGAGAUGGCAUUGAACCGUGGUUUUGGAGAUUCUUUUGGAAGGAUGGGUGGUGGAAUGGGUGGUAUGAACAGUAUGCCUGGAGGAAUGGGAAUGGAUCGGAUGAGUUCUGGCUUUGAUCGAAUGGGACCGGCUAUGGGUGGAGGCCUGGACAGGAACAUUGAUAUAGACCGAGGAUUUGUGCCUGGCCCGAUGGGAGGUGCCAUGAAAGAGAGACUGGGCUCUAAAGGCAACCAGAUAUUUGUGAGAAAUCUCCCUUUUGACUUGACCUGGCAGAAGCUCAAGGAGAAAUUCAGUCAGUGUGGUCAUGUAAUGUUUGCAGAAAUAAAAAUGGAGAAUGGAAAAUCAAAGGGCUGUGGAACAGUCAGAUUUGACUCGCCAGAAUCUGCAGAAAAGGCCUGUAGGAUAAUGAACGGCAUAAAAAUCAGUGGCAGAGAAAUUGAUGUACGCUUGGACCGCAAUGCAUAAUUUAAAACUGUGUUCAGGAACAUUCCUAUGUCUGUUUAGCUUCUCUAUCCUAGUAAGUCAUUUUUAGUAACAUUGUCUGCUUACAAAAGCUGUAAAAAGGAACUUUUAAAUCCCACCAGCCUUUAACAGUAUAGUGUUUAAUAUACUGUGAUACUUGUUAACUGAAUCUUACUAUGUUUGGUUUUUAAAGACAAUUAGCCUGAUUUUUGUUGUUUUUCUAAGAGGCACUGAGCACCUGUAGGUUCCAUUAGACUAUGGGAACUUUGGAUGCUUGGCGCCUUCGGAAAAUUAGGCCAAGUGUCUCUCUAGUCAUUCAGUUUAAAUGAAUGGUUAUACUGUUUUUAAUAAAAUAAGCCAUUUUCUCUGUUAAGAUUGCAUAGUGGGAUUUGUUUAGUGUUUUCCUGAUUUUUAUUUUUCUUCCCAAGCUCUUGUAUCAACAUUGUAAUGUAAAAACUAGGUGUUUUUUUUCCUUCCGGAAUUCUGGUUUUAUGUGCUUGUUGUUGUCAUACUGUAAUUCCUGACUCUAAAGGAAAGGGCUCCAAUUAGGCUGUGAUGUUUUUGUUCUACUUAAUAUUACUUCAAUGCCAUGACUUAGUUCUGUAAAUAAGAUUUAGAGUCCAAUGGAAGUCUUGGAUUUUUUUUUUAUUUGACUAAAUGAAGAAACUGAUCUUUCUCUCUGGCUUUUAUUUUUCAUCAGUAUAAUCACUGAUUAAAACUAGUUACCACAGACCCUUGUAGGAUUGUUCCCUAUGAUGCCAAGUUCGUAUAAAAUUGAUAAGACAGUAAAUGCUAAGUAGAGUAUAAGACAAACUGCUCCCAAUUUUUUAUCUAUUUUCCAGCCAUUCAGGUGAAUUGCCAGAAAAAUAAAAACAACUGAACAGAUGAGAGAAGUGGCUGUGUAUGUCAAACCAGUGCUGUUCACUUCUAUGGGUCCGGAUGUAUUUAUGAAGGCAGUUUUUAUAAACCAGGGUAUUCCCAAACAAAGCAUAUCAAAUACGUUGGAUCCCACAAUGUUAGACAUGGCCAUAUCUCCAUUUCCUGUAAAACAAGAAGUACAAAUAAGGCUGCUUUGUUGUGUUAUACGAAAUUGCCAAACUGUUUUGGAGGAAUAGGCUGUCAGUCUUCAGCUUUUUGUGAAGCACCCUUUUCAGACUUUUUGCUUGCACAAACUGUAAGUAUGAUUCCAUAGACUAUGGUUUUGGUACCACAAGCAUAAAAAAUGUCUCUAAAUCACUAGCACCUGCGAAGUUGCACUUAAAAUAAGCUGAACUGGAUAUUAUAAAAUCCACAGUCGUGUUUAAAAUACCAAGACAAGUUGUGUUUUGCAGUAAAGCUGUGAUGUGAUCAACAGCAAAUCAUACCAAUCUAGAACUCUUAUCUGAGAUACUGGGAGAUUUUUAAGUGUCUGAACCGCAGCUUUUUUUUAGGUAAGCUAUCUUAUUUAUUAGUGGUAAACUCUAGAAACUGGAGCAAGUUUUGAAGUUACUCCUUGAAUUUCUGGAAAUGUUAACUAGAAUUCUUUUUUUCAUAGUACUUUUCAAAUGCAUCAGUUGGAAUGAGCCUGAACACCAAAGUCUUUACCUUUUCGAGCCACCAGCACACUUGCAACUGUAUCUGGUACGCUUGUUCCUGCUGCUAGUAAUGUGAGACCCAUUACUGACUCUGGAAUUCCCAGUGUUUCACCUGUAGUUGAUAAAUAACGGUAGAAAAUGAGUAAGGUUUUUAGGUUGUUUCAUCCAAAGAAAUUGCUUCAGGCUUCCUUUGCUGGAAGAAGGAUUAUUAAUAACAGUAAUUCUAAAAUCUGUGGGAUCUGUCCGCCAAUUUAACUUGACUAAACGUGCAGUGACUGAACUAUGAAGUAGUUAAAAACAAGAACAAUAACAACAACAAAAUGUUAUAUUGCUCUUGUUCCUCAGUCAAGGAACUAUAGGAUAGUAACCAUCUUAUUUACAGCUUUUUCAAAGACCUGAGUGGAUGGAAGGUUUCCUGUGUUCAAAAUGAUACUAGUUAUGGAUUGUUCUUCCAGAUGCAGUUGAAGUUUAAAUACCUAUUUAUUCCCUUUUCUCAACUCGUGAAAGAUGUAAUUGUUUUCUUUGGUUCAAGACAUCUCAUCAUUAGCACUCCAAAGUGUUAUGGAGCAAUAAUUCUUACAAACACACACUCUUCAAAGCGGGAGGGGAAAAAAAAAAAGUGUGACUUUGUUAGGAAAUAAGGACAUUAAGGGUAUCACUACAAUAUUGUCUCAACUACAUGGCUCUAACGCUUCACUCCAAUUAGCUCAGUUUUUCAGUCUAUUGGAUUUGGAAGAAGCAAAAUGACUUUUAAGAACAAGUAAUUCUUUAGAAGCAUGAGUUUCUUUAGAUAAACACUGAUUUAAACUUAAAAAAAAAAAAAAAGAUUAUCAAAACAGAAGCUUCCUGCCUACCCGUAUUUUUAGCCCUGUAUGUCCUGAAAGAGUACUAAUUUCUUAAAAAAGGGAUUCAGAUCAUCUUCAAAAUCAUUGUAGCAGCCUUUACUUUUUUGUACCAUUCCCGAGCAUCAAUAUGUUGAAGUACUUGAUAUUUCUGUUCAGACUGCUAAGUAAUUAAAGCUUGUCUUACAUUUUAGUGAACCAGAGAAGUUUAAUUUUUUUGUUGUUAAAGCCUGAAUUUUUGCUUGGAGUAUUUUGGCACUACUAACCAGUCUUCUUAAAAUAAGAGGCAGUAUGCUGUAACUUGGGUCAGCAGUGAUUACCUAGUAUGUAACAGCUUAGUCUAGGUCAACCCAAUAAAUUUGUUUGAAAUCUUUCCUGUUCAAAGGGACUAAUGUCAUCCUCCUGUAAAAUUUGCAGUGGUAUUUAUUUUUCCAUUGCUUCUAAUGUAAGAGAUUGGUAGGAUGGAGGGACCAAUAUGAUCAGCUUUUAUAAGCUAAGCAAACCAAGGUGAAAUAUGAAUGAAACAGUGUUCUGCACCCAAUAGUAGUUUCUAGCCCUCUGAAGUUUAUAAGAUAGAAUCUAAACUCAGGUGAAGCUAAUUUUUCUUUCUUUAUUAGAUAGAUUCAUCUUCUAGUUGAAGUGUAGGUUUUUUUUCUGGCAAUUGACCAUAAAGAGAGAAUGGUCUUAUUUUUCUAGCCUUCAGUUCAUUUUGUGUAUCAGUAGCAAUAUCUUGCUAUAGUAAUGAAAAUUUCCUUGCUAGUAAAAAAAAAAAAAAAAAAAAGUGUACUAAAUUAGGUUUGCUCUUGACCAUCAAAACGUAGCCCCCUGCGAUGAAACUUUUGGCACGUUUGAUAGGCCAUUUUUAUGCAACAAUAGAAUAUUUUUGGGUCAACUUUCAUCAAAGAACCUAGACUUGAAUAUAUAUAUACAAAUACGUGUAAUUUUUAGAGUUUUAAUGUGUAAAUAGAACAUAUUUGACCUUGAAGUAGUGGGACAAAGACCCCAGUGCUGCUUGUAAUGACUCUUCAGAGUGGACUAACACUAAGAUGCUAUUUGAAACUCCACUGUACCUACUUUCAUAUGUAUUAGUGUUUCGUCUAGUAGAUGGGCAAUAAUUUUCAUCUGGAUCCUGUUUCAGAGGCUUCUAGCAUUCACAUGGUAAACCUUUGAUUUUUAGAUACAGAUAGAAAAUUGUUUGACUAAGGAGUGAAGCUGAUGGGUGUUAUAUCCAGCAAUCUCUUAGUAACUUCUCACAAGUCUACCUUUGUGUAGGUCUGUGUCUGCACUUAACAAGGAGUUAUUCACUGAAUUUAAUUUGAAAACAAGUUUAGGAUGCUGAACUAGCAGAAUACUGGAAGUAGGAUUAGUGAGCUAUAAUGUGGAAAUGGCAAGUUUGUGCUAUUUCUCAUUUAGAGAUCUGUUUUCUGCUUGUUCUUAAAACCUGUUUUUUUUUCUUAAGCUGACUGGAGAAACAGUGAAAUGGGAGAACCUUCAAUACUUUAAGAUACUUUAGAAUUGUUUUUACACUCAUUCACAUCCUAUCUCUUGCUUAAAUUCAGUGCUUUUCCAGCUUUACUUUGUGAUGCAGAUUUUUAAGAGAGAUACACAUGCAUAAGGAAGUCUAAUAGACAUAUGACGCUAUAGUUGGAACAAAGUAAUACACAAGUUUAGGCAUCUUUUUUUGCCAAUUUGGAUGUAAAAAUAAUGGAUCUUUUCCAAAAAUCGGAACCCUUAAUUUCAGUCUUGGUGGAUUUCAUGUUUGCCAGACUUCAGCUUGAUGAGUUUCUUCCUGUUUACUUGUUUCACUUCAUCAAGCAAUUUAGUGAAACUGUCUUUUUAAAGAUAGGCUGUUUUUUGUAGCUUUGUAAACCAGUUCUCUUUCACGUGUUGCUAAGCAGUCAAAAAUAGCUAAAUUCUACAGAGGUUUUCAUUAGAUGGAAGGAGGCAAAUGAAGCAGUCACACAUAAGGGAUUUUGUUUGUCUGUUUCAAGCAAAACACGUGUUGCUAUGCUGACUGUUAAUUGUGAAAAAGGAAAAUCUUCACAGGGAGAAAACUUUCUCAGCGAUUGUUGAUCGGUUGCUUCGGUGCAGCAGUUUAGGUACCUACCUGCUAUUGUUAUCAUCCACACAAGAACGUAAGUUAUUGCAGAAAUCCAUGCUGCUGACAUGAAAAAUGUUACCAUGAACCAAUUCCUCCAAAACCGCCUCCUGCAAUCUGGUGUAGUCAAGUAGAGUAGUGUAAUAAUAGGAAGGGAUAACACCCACAAAAUUCUCUUCAUAUCUUCUUCGGGCAUGGUGAAGACGCUUGGAUGAUCUGUUGAAGAAGUAACUAUUUUAAACUGUAGCAUUCAGUUUGAAUCCUUAGCAUUAAGUCAUACUAUUUGCUUCUACUUGUGAGAAUACUGGAAAAAGGUUUUUAAAAAAAAUGGUGAUGUUGUAACUGUCAUCUUACUAGUGCCUACAUCACACUGGACUGAACUCUGAAAUCAAAUGUUCUUUAUUACUGUGUCACUAGGAGACAACCAAGGUGGAUGAAAAAUGAACUUGUCUAUAAGUUUUAUGCAAAAUGUUUACAAGAUUUAGCCCCAACUGAUGAUUUGUCUAAGUGAAGAGGAAGCAUGGUCCGUGGCUCUGUAUUCCUUCUGCAAUAACGUGUAUAUGGGGUUAUGAACUGGCCAUUGGCAUGACAAAACAGUAUGUAUUAGUACAGUAGCAGUGUGUCUUUCAGCUGAUACUGCGUUUUACUGAGUUGCUGGGAAGUUUCAAAUGUGCACAGCAUCAACUGAUGGAAGUUCUGUUACUGUCCUAGCAUUCCUCUAGCAACUAACUUCAUAUAAAAAUCACAACCACAAUUUUACUUAAUGUUAUAUUCCAGCAAAGAAUAACGAUGUACUUAAAUACUAUGAUAUUUUCUGAACAAAAUAGUAUCUGAAAACCUGGUCUUUGUUAGAACUAAUGUAAACAGGCAUAGAGAUUGCUAGAGACAACUGUAAUAAUACUUAUACCUUCAGAGAUUUCAUCAAGCUCAUGUAAACUUGUUGAAAGAUGAGAAUAGUCCAGCUCAUCUUGAAAAAUUCCACUGUCAGUUCUUGACUGUUGACGAAUUAGAGGCCCGCUCUCUUCCCUCCAUCCAGCUAAUGGCUGCUGCUCACCACUCUGUUCCAUAGCUUUUGUACAACACCAACAGCAGGGACUGAGCUUUUUCAUGAGGCACCGGUUGAUUUUAAUGUCAAAACAUAGCACCAGAAUAUAACACCCAUAUAUUAAUAAUAAGGAAGCACUUUCAUACCUAGAAUUAAAAAAAAAAAUUACAUAACAUGUAAUAUAGAUUAAUAUAUAAUUAAUAAUUAAAGUGACUGACAUGAGAAGACAAAAAAAAUUGCAUGAGUAGUGAAAGGAAAAAACAAAAGCAUCUUUUUGCACUUGUAUGGGCAAUGUCAUGGAAGUUUGUACGUUUCUUCAUGUCUUUCAGCAGUUUGAUUAAUUCCCCUCCCCUGCCGAAUCUUGUCUGUGUAUUGUAUAGCUGCAUGUUUUCCAGGGGAACUUACUGAACAACUGAUUAUUUGCAAAACUGAGUCUUAUGUGAUGGUUAAAGAGAGGGACAGAAUGUGUUAUUUUGAGUGAGAAACUUCAGAGAGAGAGCACCAGACCUGACUGGUUUGGGACAACAGGAGUUUCAGGAGUGAAGGAAGAGAGUUAACAUCAGGAAGUCAUGAUCUACUUUGACAGACAAAUGUUUUCUUAAUGGUAACACUAUUAAGGAAAGCUCUAAAAGAAGUAAACUAUGAAGACUAAUUGCUAUGCCAAAACAGGUCAGAUAGAAAUUGUGAAGUUUGUACAAAGAAACCUAUGCAGAUCAGGCUUUAUAAAUAUGCAGGGUUUGAACGGUGAGGUAGCAGUCUUUACAAGCAUUGUGACUUCUUACGGUUUUAAAGCCAACGGGAUGUAUAUUUCUGUUAGUGAAUGGCAGCUCAGGCUACUUGAAGUUUGUUUGGUUUUUAACACUGUUUCACUAAUCUCCAGUCAACGUUAAUUCAACACUACUUGUGCUCUUACCAGUAAAUUCUGCUGUCAGAUAUCAUCGCAAGGACCGCCGCUGCACUAAUUGUAUAUGCCAGGCAGUCUCUAAACAGCGGCCAACAGGAUAGCCUCGAAACCUGCAGAUCACAGAAUCAUUUACAUUUUUAAAAAAUGUGUCUGUAAUACUUUCACUAAGUGCUGUAAAUGCUGCAUCGGUAUGUUGUUUCUAUAUUAUGUAAAAAUUUAAGAUUCUUAGGAAUGACUCAAUAUGAUAUUUAACAACUUAGUGUUUUUAAAAACUUUCAUAGCAACUUAUCUUAAAACUGAUUACAUGCUGGUUUUGCUACGAAAUAAUAAACUUGACGGUUGUCAUAGUAA